AUGACAGCCUCCACCGGCACGCGCGUCGCCCCCAGCGCUGCGGACUCCCAAUGGCUCUUCGCGCCUUCGGAUCUUCUUCUCACACCCUCUGUCCUCGGCGGACUGGAUCCUGCGGAGGAGAAGCAUCGACGCUGCAAGGGUGUCCAUGCCAUCUACCGGAUGGGCGAGUACAUCCGGCUCAAUCAGCACGUCAUGAACACCGCCUGCAUCUACCUGCACCGCUUCUUUAUGCGCAAAUCGCUACAGAACGGCAAUGUCGGGUAUUCGCACUACGAGGUGGCUGCCGCUUGCGUGUUUCUGGCAUGCAAGGUCGAAGAGUCACACCGCAAGCUGCCGAGCAUCAUCGAUGCCGCCAUGGCGUCGUUCGACAAGAGCCCAGCUGGGCAGCAGAGGUGGUUGGAACGCUCGUUACGAGCCGAUCCAGCGAGCAAGGAGUUCGGACGCUGGCGCGACACGAUUCUGGUCAACGAGGAAGAGCUUCUCGAGACGCUAUGCUUUGACCUUAUCGUCGAGCACCCGCACGAGAUCCUGGUCAAGGCGUGUAGCCGUCUGGGCGUCGACACGCCGCUCGUCCGAUUAGCGUGGACGACGCUCAACGACACUCUGAGGGACUCUAUAUGCGUCACGUUUGAGGCGCCCGUUUUGGCGGCCGGGGCAUUCUACCGCGCAUGUACCGUGUCUCAGGUGGAGCCGACCAAGUUUAGCGCCCAAUGGAAGGGCAAAGAGGCCGACGAGGCGCAGCUUGCAUGGACCGACGUGUUUGACGUCGAUGAAGACGAGGCGGCGGAAGCCGCACGAGCGAUUGGCAGCGACGUGUAUGCAUCGCACGAGCAACAUGCGCAUUGA